GGACGCGGAGAAGGCAGGUGAUUUGCCUGCUUCUGUGCACCUGUGCUAUGGAUUUGGUUCAGGCGCAGAUCCGAUACUCAAUUCCCGAGGAAUUGGAGCACGGAGCAUUUGUUGGCAACAUAGCAGAAGACUUAGGUCUGGAUGUCGGCAAACUCUCUGCCCGCAGGUUCAGGAUAGUUUCGGGAGCCAGAAAACAGUAUUUAGAAGUUAAUUUGGAAAACGGGAUUUUAUUUUUAAACGAGAAAAUUGAUAGAGAGGAACUGUGCGAACAGAGCGCGACAUGUUUUUUACAUUUGCAAGUCGUGAUUGAAAAUCCUUUAGAACUGUACAGAGUGGAAGUAGAGAUUUUGGAUGUGAACGACAAUUCUCCCAGUUUUCCUUGGAGUGAGUUUGAUUUGGAAAUAACCGAGUCCGCCGCGCCCGGGUCCCGCUUUCCGCUCGAGAGCGCACAGGAUCUGGACGUGGGCACCAACGCUCUGCGCACGUACCUGCUGAGCUCGAACGACCACUUUGUCCUCGACAUCCAGACGCGAAACGACGGCAGCAAGUUCGCGGAGCUGGUGCUAGAGACUCCACUGGAUAGAGAGCAGCAGAAGACGCACCAGAUGAUCCUGACAGCGGUGGACGGUGGCACGCCGGAAAGAUCGGGCACUGCACUUAUCACAAUCACUGUACUGGACGCCAACGACAACGUUCCCGUUUUUGAUCAGUCUGUUUAUCGUGUGAGUUUAGUGGAGAAUGCACCGAGAGGCACCCUCGUAAUUAAACUGAACGCUUCCGAUUUGGACGAAGGUUCGAAUGGAGAGAUUACCUACUCUUUCAGCGGACACGCUCCUCUGAGAGUGCGGGAGCUCUUUAGCGUGGACUCCUACACCGGCGAAAUCAGAGUCAAAGGCGUAGUGGAUUAUGAAAAAGCCAGUGUUUAUGAAUUAUAUGUGCAAGCCAAGGACAAAGGUCCGUCGGCCGUUGCGGUGCACUGCAAAGUAUUAGUAGAUAUAUUAGAUGUAAAUGACAACGCGCCGGAGGUGAUUCUAACCUCGGUUUCUACGCCUGUUCAGGAAGAUGCUCCUCCCGGGACUGUCAUCGCUGUGAUAAGUGUAAUGGAUCGGGACUCAGGGGAAAACGGGAAUGUACAGUGCCAAAUCCCCAGUAACGUGCCAUUUCAACUCCACUCUUCCUUCAAGAAUUAUUACACUUUAGUCACGAGCGAAUUGCUCGACAGAGAAUCUGUGUCCGAAUACAACAUCACCCUCACGGCGAGGGACCUCGGCGCACCGCCUCUGUCCACAAGAAAAACUAUUUUAAUUCAAGUAUCUGACAUUAAUGACAACGCUCCCCGCUUCUUACAGCCCUCUUACACGGUCUAUGUGACUGAAAAUAAUGCCCCGGGCGCGUCAAUUUGCUCGGUGACUGCAUUCGACCCCGAUUCCAAUCAGAACGCUUAUCUGUCCUACUCUAUUCUUGAAGACCAAAUCCAGGGCAUGCCGGUGUCCACUUACGUAUCCAUCAACUCAGACAAUGGUAAUAUCUACGCGCUCCGCUCCUUCGACUACGAGCAGCUGAGAAACUUUCAGAUUCGCGUUCAAGCUCAGGAUGCGGGCUUCCCACCCCUGAGCAGCAAUGUAACGGUCAACGUAUUUGUUUUGGACCAGAAUGACAAUGCGCCCGUCAUUGUCUCUCCGUUACCUAAAAACGGCACCGUGGCGACCGAAAUGGUCCCUCGGUCUGUUGACGCCGGUUACCUCGUCGCGAAAAUCACUGCCAUUGACGCGGACGCGGGGCAAAACUCGCGGCUUUCGUACCAGGUUCUCCAGGCAACGGAUCCGGGGUUAUUUAGUGUUGCCCUUUAUACGGGCGAAAUCAGGACGAUUCGGCGAUUUGUAGAUAAAGACGCCACGAGGCAAAGAUUGGUCAUUUUAGUCAAGGACAACGGUCAGCCGUCCCUCUCGGCCACUGUUUCUAUCAUCCUAUCAGUAGUUGACAGCGUGCCAGAAUCCCUGUCCGAUUUUGGUGACCUCACCCUAAGCCCCCAGUCCCCAUCCAACCUUCCUCUCUAUUUAAUCGUGUCUCUGAGCACAAUUUCGUUCAUAUUUCUGGUGGCAAUAAUUGUCCUGGCUGCCAUUAAGUGCUACAAGGACAGAGACUCAAUACGAGGAUACAGCUUCUCCUUCAGCGACUGCUGCGCGUUUGAGCCAGAACCGCCCACGGAGGUGUUCAAAAAAUCCAACCUAAACCUGCAGAUAUCGUCUGGGACCAAAGUACCAACGAACUGUGUAGAAGCGAAUACCAACGGUCCUCUCUCGCAAGCCUACUGCUACAAAGUGUGUUUAACCCCGGAAUCUGCAAAGAGCGACUUCAUGUUCUUGAAGCCGUGCAGCCCGACUACGCCGAGGAACAACGUGAAAGGUACAGAUAACCUGGUGUCAGCUUGGAGCGCGCAAAACCGCAGCGGCACUGUGAACAACGGAGCUACAACCCCGAAUGAGAUUAUAGAAUGUCCUCCCCCUCCGCCGGAGUGCCCAACCGCUCGUGGACCCCGAGGUACGCCUCCCAACCCGCCUCACGCCCGCCGCCAGACUACCAGCACAACGUCUACAUCCCGGGGACUCCCGGCGCUCGCCCGCCGCCGGACUACCAGCACAACGUGUACAUCCCCGGGACCCCCACCGCGCACUGCACCCUCCGGCCCCUGCACCGGAGCGAGCUCGACAUGAAGAACGCCUUCUCCACCUUCGGGAAGAAGCGCAGGUUCAUAUCCGGCUACGACCCCCGAGAGGACGCGGUGAUCAACGACCUCUUCAACGCGUAGCGGUCACGGAGGGAGGAGUCGCACCGCCGCGCGGGUCGUUCCGUGAGACUCGUCUCCGAUGCUGAGCUGUUCGGGGGGGUCAGUUUCUACCGCAGGGCGUGUCUAAGACCCUUCCGGUGAGAUCCAACUUAAUGCCAAAAAAUGUGACCAAAACACAAAAAACACCCCCCCCCCCCAUUACAUUGUGUCCAUAGUACAAAAGCACAACCCGAAAGACCUGUCCACUCACGCUGUUGACACCAGCCAUUUACAUGUCACUGUGGAGUAACAGUGUCACAUGCAGACCAUACUGAGACCAUUGCUGUAACGGAUGAUCCAAGGCUUCGAAAGGCAACCUCAAACUGCUUAUAGCAAAUUGCAAUACUACAAAUGUGUAGUAUGACAUAUCCACAUCAUAUCUCACUGGCUUAGUCUGGAAAAUGUGUAACUUUUUAUAUGUCAUAAACUGCAGAGGGCAUUCAGAGAUUUAUGAUUAUAUUCCUACUUGUUAUUGUAUUAUUAUUACUAUUAUUAUUAUUAUUAUUAUUAUUUCAGACUCAAUGAUACCCCAAUGACGAUUCAAGUAAUUAGUAUAUUAGUAUGUGAGGCAGAAUCAUUUUGCCAAAUGCACUUCCUUCCUCACUGAAGGCCGUCUGUGAUGCACUGUUUAACACUGUCUGCAUUUUUGAAUGAUACUCACAUAUAGAUGGCCGCUAAGUCAUUUCACCCAUGCAGUCUGUUUAAGAACCAUUGGGCUUGGUGCAGCAGAAUAUGACCAAUGAAAGAGAAUAUUGUCAUAUUGUCAUACAGUAUAUGCAAACUGCAUUUUUAACGCAGGCGAUUCACGAAGCGUGUGGCAUAUCAUUUGUAUAUACAUCUGAGAAUAAAUUAUUUUUCGAUGUCACCUUGUAAUGUUGUAAUUAAUAAAAUGCUGAAAUAUUUCAA